GGAACGCAGAGAAGGUGUUAUGGCGUCCUCGAUCUGGAAAGGGUUGGUGGGGAUCGGUCUGUUUGCCUUGGCACAUGCGGCCUUUUCCGCUGCUCAGCAUCGCUCUUACAUGAGAUUAACUGAAAAGGAAGAUGAAACACUGCCGAUAGAUAUUGUUCUCCAGACAUUGCUGGCCUUUAUAGUGGCCUGUUAUGGCAUCGUACACAUUGCUGGAGAGUUUAAAGACAUGGAUGCAACAUCAGAAUUAAGGAAUAAGACAUUUGACACAUUAAGAAAUCAUCCAUCGUUUUAUGUAUUCAACCAUCGCGGUCGGGUAAUGUUCCAGCCUCCCGAGUCAGAGGAUUGCCAUCGAAUUCAAGCUCCAUUCUCAUCCAACUCCUCACUAAAGCUUUCCAAAUUAGAAUCAAUGCACCGCUGAGACCGCAGAUAUUUUUACAGAUGAUUAUAGAGCAGGACACUGUACAAACUAUGGAGUUCAGGAUGUACCCACUUAUUAUUUUUUAAAAUGUUUUAUUUUUAUUUUUCUGGAGCAGUAUUUAUAUUGUUCUUCCAGACUUUAUAAAAGGGGGACUUUCUUUGUACACUGUUCAUGAAAAGGACUGUAUUGUGGACUUGGCAAUGCAGUGUAACUUAUUGCUACAAUUAUGCUGUGAAAGAUGUCUUUUAUCUAUGAAUCAUUAAACAAUGCUGCAGUAGAUUUCUCCUGGACCAAUGCCAAUUCUUUUAGUAUUUACUUUAGGUAUAGAUUUUAGUGUAGCACUGGGUUCAUGAGGUAAUGGAGAGGGGAUGUCAGACUUAAAUCUGGUCUGGGCAGAUAGUGAUUUCAAUUUAUUUCUCUACACAUUGAAUGAAAUCAUUAGGAGACAAAAAAAUUAAAAUGUAACUAACCAUUUCAGGAAAACUAUUCACCUGAAAAAUGUUGGUCCCUGUAAAAAUAUACUGCGUAAAGCAAUUCAUAUGUAAAACUCUGCUUCAUCUAAAUAAACCAUUUUCAUAAAA